AUGUCUGUAUUCGCUUCACUUUGUUCGAACCUGUGGGCACAGGGUCUUGCUGCACUUGGACUGUUAUGUCUCACAAAAUUGGUCUGGGAUAUUUUUCUAUCACCAUUGAGGAGCAUUCCAGGUCCGUUCUUGGCGAAGGUGACCGAUUUCUGGCGUUCCAUUCAUACCUACCGUGGUCGUGUGGAUCUCAAGCACCUGGAGCUGCAUCGGAGAUAUGGCACUGCUGUACAAAUUGGUCCGAAUUGCGUGAGCAUUUCUGAUCCAGCGCUGAUUCGAAUCAUUUACUCAACUCGCAAUCCAUGGAAGAAGGAUGAGGAUUGGCAUAACCAGAAUAUCAAACCCAUUCGUGGCCUCUGGAGUAUGACCAAGGUUCUGGAGUACGAGCCACUCAUAGACGAGACUAUCAGCAAGUUUGUGGAUAAACUCUCGUUGAGAUUUGUUGACGGUGUGAAUGCCAACAAGAUCUGCCCAGCAGAUGAAUGGAUCGGAUUUUUUGCUUGGGAUGUCACUGCCAAUUUUAGCUUCGGUCGCCACUAUGGCUUUAUUGACCAGGAAAAGGAUGUCGACAACUUGAUCACUGAUUCAACGGCUGGUUUAAUCUAUUUCGCACCGGUAUCUCAAAUCCCUUGGAUUGACAAUCUUCUCGACAAGAACCCCAUCAAGCGGAUUGGCCCGAAGCCAACGCUAACCGGAGUUUUGUAUGCAUUCAAGGUUGUAGCUGAAUACCAAGCACAGCUAGCCGACAAAAAGGUCAAGGCCGGCUCAGUCGACCAUACUCUAGACAAAUAUGUCCAACUGAAGGAAGCACAUCCCGACAUGGUUAAUGACCAGCAGAUCGUUAACUGGCUGAUGUUAAGCAUCUUAGCCGGUGGUGACACAAGCUCCGCUACCAUGCGCGCAGUCCUGUAUUAUCUGGCUAAAGUACCUCAUGCAUCUGCAAAGCUUGCCGCUGAGCUUUCAGCCGCUUCUCUCCCCGUCCCUGCUCCCUGGAAGUCAAUCCGAGAGUUACCCUAUCUCGAUGCUGUGAUUACCGAGGCUUUGCGCAUCAAUCCCGGAAUCGCUAUGCUGUUCGAACGUGUAGUUCCAGAAGCUGGAUUCACUCUCCCAGAUGGCCGGUAUCUCCCUGCAGGGACCAAAGUUGGCAUCAAUCCCUUUGUCACGAAUCGGGACCACGAGGUAUUUGGUAAUGACGCAGACGAUUUUAAUCCCGACCGCUGGCUUCCAGGCGAUAACGAGAACACCGAGCAGUUUGAACUUCGUCGGCGACGAAUGAAGGAUACCGUUGAUUUCGUAUUUGGUGGAGGUGGUCGCGUCUGCAUGGGCCGCUAUCUAGCCGUAUUGGAAAUCAAGAAACUGAUCGCUACGCUUUAUAGCUUGUUUGAUAUUCAAUUGGUCGACUCCAAGCAUGAAUGGAAGUAUCGGGAUGCUUGGUUUGUGUAUCAGUACGAUAUGCCUAUGAUCAUUCGGCGUCGGGCUGCAGCUUAA